AUGACUCUAGUAUACGUGGCGAUCGUGCUCUUUUCAGUGCUUGUUGGUCUCCGAGCUCGACUUGCCUGGCGCCGGCGCCAGCUUCAGCGCCAAUGGCGUACCGCUCCGCUAGGGGUAGUGGAACAAGACCACUGUUUUGGCUAUAUCAAUAUGGUUAACCUCGUCAAGCAUACCGCUGCUGGCACCUACUACGAGAAUAGUCAGCGGAUCGUGGACGCCAACCCGCAGUUGAAAACGCUGUCGAUGUACGUGGCGGGCCAGCCCGUGAUCGUCACCCUUGACCCGGAGAACAUCAAGGCGAUGCUUGCCACCCAGUUUACGCUGUUCCAUUUGGGCAAACGCCACCUGAUAUUCUAUCCGUUAUUGGGCAACGGCGUGUUUACUCUUGAUGGCGAGGGAUGGAAGCAUCUGAGACAAAUCCUUAGACCACAGUUCCACCGGGACCAGAUUGUUGAUGUGCUGAUGUUCGAGUCCCACGCCCACCACUUGAUCCAGGAGAUCAAAAAUAGUAAACCGGGCGCCGUGGUCGACUUACAACCGCUAUUCUUCAGUCUUACCAUGGAUGUGGCUACCGAAUUCCUCUUUGGUGAAUCGGUGAACAGUCUCGGCCAGAAACAAUUACCCUUUUCCGAGCUGUUUACUAAGGCCCAGGAAAAGCUUACCUUCCGCUUCGUCCUCCAGGACAUGUACUUCCUCGGCGACGGGCCCCAGUUCCGCAAACACUGCCGCACCGUCCACGAGCUUGCCGACCACUAUGUCGAACGAGCGCUUGCGCAACUGGACACAAAGACUGAGGGGAAAUACACGUUUUUGAACGAGUUGGUGAAGCAGACACGCGACCCCAAAGUGCUUAGAGACCAGGCCCUCAAUAUUUUGCUUGCGGGGAGAGAUACUACGGCGUCGACGCUUCUGUUCCUCUGGUACGAGCUCGGACGGAACCCCGAGAUUUACACCAAAUUAAAGGAUGAAGUUGAUCAACGGUUUGCCGAGGCUGAUAGUGUCACGUUUGAGUCGCUUAAAAGAGCACCGUAUCUCCAGCAGGUGCUUAAAGAAGUGCUUAGAAUGUACCCCAUUGUUGCCGAAAACGUCAGGUUUGCUGCUGAAGAUACCACGUUGCCUCGCGGUGGUGGUAGUGAUGGCUCCCAGCCGAUCUUCGUGGCUAAAGGUACUAAUAUCACCUACUCGCCGUGGUGUAUGCACCGAGACCGCGACGUUUACGGUGACGAUGCCAAUGUUUUCCGACCGGAAAGAUGGGUCGACCUUAAGAAUCCAGGAUGGGCGUAUUUGCCGUUUAACGGGGGGCCCCGAGUGUGUUUGGGACAGCAGUUUGCCCUUACUGAGUUGGCGUUGGUGACGGUACGCAUGGUGCAAGCGUUUCCACAGGGGCUCCCCUUUAGUGGAGACUCGACCUAUCCGCCGUUGAAGCACGUCUCCCUCACCAUCAGCCUCAAACAAGGGUGUCCCGUUAAAGUUACUUAG